UUGGCAUCUCUCCCGUUUGGCUGUGCGUGUGUGUGAGAGAAAGGCGCAGUGUGUUUGACUGAGACAGAGUCAAGACAGGCCUUUAAGAUGAAGACCUGUGUCCUAUUCUUGCUGGUAUUGGGGAGUGUCUACGGUGCUCCGGUUGAGCAGGGUGGCCUACAGCCAGGUUCUUGUGAAGAUGCUUCAGCUGUGAACGCUGCUCAUUUAGCUCUCAGCAAGAUCAACAUUGAUCGGUCGGAGGGUUAUGUCUUCAGUCUGCACCGCCUCUCUAACGUCAACCUGGGUAAACAUGGUGAAACCGGAGUAGUUUUUUAUCUGACUCUGGAUGUAGUGGAGACCAACUGCAGUGUUCUCAGUAGGAAGGACUGGAAGCAAUGCGAGGCUCGUCGCGACACCGCGAUGCCGGUGUAUGGACAAUGCAAAGCUACCAUCUACAUCAAUAAGCCACAUAGAGUGGUUCGUCUCUACAAAUACAACUGUGUUGUCCGGCCAGUUCCUGCAGCCAGGUUGAAUGCGAUUUGUCCCGAUUGUCCAACUUUUAUCGGCUUUGACAAUGAAAAUGUCCAGAACAUGGUGUCUCAAUCGCUGGAGAAGUUCAACAACGAAAGUGGGCUGAACAAUAAUUUUGCUCUUCUCAAAAUAUUACGUGCUACUGCUGGAAUGGCAAUGAGCAUGUAUUAUCAUGUGGAGUACACAAUCCAGGAGACCAUCUGCGGCAAGUACAAACAGGCACCGGCAGGUGAAAAGUGCCCUAUCAUGACAUGUGAAUUCUCACACAACGGCUUUUGUAAGGCAUCCCUCUACAACAUGAAUAUUAAGCCUGAUAUCAGAGUAGAGUGUGAGAUCUAUGAGCAAGAGGCUGCAGAAAGAGAAAAGGAACAACAUCUGUUGGCUGAUGCAACUGACCACCCCCACAAUGACACACACUCACAUGGACAUGGAAAGGGUCAUGGCCAUGAACAUGGCAAAGGUCAAUCGCAUGGACAUGGACAUGGACAUGGACCAGGACAAGGACAAGGACAUGGACGAGGACAAGGACAAGGACAAGGACAAAAACAUGGACAAGGACACGGCCAGGACCGGGACCGUGGCCACGGCAAAGGUCACGCACAUUUGAGUGAACAUGACCACAUCCAUGAUCACACCAGGGAUCACUCUCAUCAUGAUGUCCCACACCCUUUAGGCAGCAAACAUCACCACACUCAUGACCAUAAGCCAGGCAGCGCCUACAAGCACGGGCAUGCCCACUCACAUGACCAUGGUCUCGACAACGACCAUGAUCACGUGCAUGCUUAUCAUGCCCAAGCACAAAACCACAGUCUUCCCUUUCCCAAUCAGCACCAUAACUACAGUCAUCCUGAAGGCACACACACCCACGACCACGACCAUGAGCUUGCUCUGGACCACGACCACAAGCAUGCUCACCUGCAUGAGCACGAACAUCACCACCAUCACCACACGCAUGAGCAUGAGAGCGAAUCCCACGAUGAACCAGAGGGCAUGGUGAGGAUGCUGGCUGCCAUGGAUCAGCCCAUGACCCUGCCUUCCUUCCCUGACAUUCCUGCAGGUGGACCUGAAGUUGGAGUCACUCUGCCCCUCAAACCUGACCCCCAGAUUCCAGGAGUGACUGAACCGACCAUCCUGGCCUAUCCGACCUCUGUCUCAGCAGAGUGUCCCGUUCCAGCAGGAGGAAGGAGUCUGGUGGACACACUCUUUAAGGAGGAUCCCCUGUUCAAGCCUGCAGCAUGAUGGAACUUAACUGCUCUUGAACGAUAGAAACACUUCUGUCUGAGAGAAUUCAGUAACAAUAUUUUGGCACCAAAUGGAAACAUUAGCGGUCACGAUUCUUAUUGUCUGAGUAUUGUUAUACCUACUUUAUACCUACUGUUAUACCUACUUUUCCUCAUUCUUGGACACAUAAAUUGUAAUAUGUCAUGUAUUUUGACCUUUUAAUAAAGAUAGAGUGUAUAAAUUUAAA